AUGGCUGAAGGUAAUCUUGUCCUUAAUUUUGGAUCAGUUCCUCGAAUUCCAGAGACAGCAGUUCCUAGAGUUCCUGAAAUUACUGUUCCAUUGAUUUCUAAGGUCGAUUCUGCUCAAAUUGCUGACUUGAUUCCUUUGGAGAAUGAUGUGGUACCUCCUCAGCCCAAUUCUAUUCUUGCUACUAAGCCAGGCAUUGCUAAGCUCACAACUAAGGGUUCUACCCUCUCUUUCGUAGCUCCUAUGCUCAAAGAUGGCUAUUAUCCUACUAUAGCUGCUGUUCAUAAAUAUAUUGCUGAAAAUUGGAGUGUUAUAGCUAAACCUGAUGUUUUUUGUCAUGAUGAUGGCUACUUUCUGAUUAAAAUGCAAAACUCUGAUGAUAUGAAUGUUGUUCUUAGUGCCAGUCCACAUAUGUUCUUUGGUAAGGCGGCUAUUGUUAGGCCUUGGUCUGAGAAAUUUGACUUUCAUGCUGAGGUUUUGAGAACUGUUCCUAUAUGGGUUAAGUUACCUAACUUACCUUUGAAUUGUUGGGGUGUGGACACUUUGAGCAAACUGGGAAGUGUCUUAGGAGUUCCUUUAUGUGCUGAUGAAUAUGGUGUUUUGAUUGAACAAAAAGUUGUUUUUGAAUGGACACCCCCCUUUUGUAGCAAAUGUAACAAAGUGGGCCAUGACUGUGCUAUUCCUAGGAAGGUUCAACCGCAAAAGAAGCAGGUGGCUUCUAAGGAGCAGCCUAAGCAAAAGGUGUGGGUUGCUAAGCCCCAACUUGCUACUAUUCCUGCACCUGAGCCUAGUGUGCCUGAAUUUGGGGGUAAUGGCUCUGUUCAUAGUGCUGGUGUUUUCACUCCUGCUCAAACUACUUUGCAAGAUACAUCUGAUGAUGAUUGGAGAGUGGUGGGAAGGAAGCAUAGAAGUCAUAGUAAUCCUCCUGUCUUUACUAGUGUUCCUAAUUAUAAUACCUAUACUACUCUAAUUAAGGAUGGGGAUGGUGCUGGAGAUCUUAUUCCUAUCCGGGGUGAUGGUAAUCCCCCUUUGGGGUCAUGA